CAUUAUCGAGAUUCCUCUGAAACACAUCUUAAUUCACCACUAAUGGCUGAAACAAGCAUCGGUAACAGCCCGAAAAGAUGUGCAGUUGUAACAGGAGCAAACAGAGGGAUUGGACUGGAGAUAUGCAGGCAGUUAGCUUCUCAGGGGAUCACUGUGGUGUUGACUGCUAGAGAUGAGAAGAGGGGACUUGACGCCCUUCACAGGCUCAGAGAUUCAGGUGGUCUUUCUGGUGAUCUGCUCUUCCAUCAGCUUGAUGUGGGGGAUUCAUCUAGUGUUGCUUCGCUUGCUGAGUUCAUCAACACUCAACUUGGAAGGCUUGAUAUCUUGGUGAACAAUGCAGGGAUUGGUGGAGCUAUCGUAGACGAGGCUGCUAUAAGAGCUGCUGCUUGUAUAAAAAAUGGAUAGGCUAAAAGAACAUUAGGCGAUGCUGAAAACCUUACAGAAGAGAGGGUUGAUAAAGUGGUCAAGGAAUUUCUGCAAGACUUCAAUGAGGGUUACCAAGAAGCCAAAGGCUGGCCUUUAGCUUAUGUCAUCUCGAAAGCAGCCUUGAAUGCAUAUACAAGAAUUCUGGCCAAGAGAUUCCCAAAUUUCAAGGUGAAUUGUGUGUGUCCUGGCUUUGUCAAAACAGAUAUAAAUUAUAAUACUGGCACUUUGCCUGUAGAAGAAGGUGCUGAAAGUCCUGUGAAGCUAGCUCUGCUGUCCAAUGAUGGACCCUCUGGCUUGUUCUUUUCGAGUAACCAAGUCACAUCUUUUGAAUGAAAAUGAAUCCUUUAGAAACAGUUGUUGUGGUCAAAGAUUAAAUUGUA